AUGUCUGAAGUCGAGCUUUCUCGUUCUGAAAAGAAAAAACACAAGAAAAAAACCCAAGAAACCGAAACAGACACAAACCCAACAGACACGGACAAAGAUUUCAUGAUCAAACCUCAAAACUUCACCCCAACAAUCGACACUUCACAGUGGCCAAUCCUUUUGAAAAACUAUGACAGACUCAAUGUAAGAACUGGACACUACACUCCACUUCCGUCCGGUCACUCUCCUCUCAAGCGUCCACUUGCUGAUUACAUCAGGUACGGUAUUAUGAAUCUUGAUAAACCAGCAAACCCUUCAUCACAUGAAGUUGUUGCUUGGAUUAAGAGGAUUUUACGUGUCGAAAAAACUGGUCAUAGUGGUACUUUAGACCCUAAAGUUACUGGUAAUUUGAUUGUUUGCAUUGAUAGAGCUACUAGACUUGUUAAAUCUCAACAAGGUGCUGGAAAAGAGUAUGUUUGUAUUGCUAGGUUGCAUGAUAAGGUCCCUGAUGUUGCUAAAGUAGCGAGAGCGUUAGAGACGCUUACGGGGGCAGUUUUUCAGAGGCCUCCCCUGAUUUCUGCUGUUAAAAGACAGCUUAGAAUUAGGACAAUUUAUGAGAGUAAGUUGUUGGAGUAUGAUGCAGAUAAGCAUUUGGUUGUUUUUGGAUUUCGUGUGAGGCGGGGACUUAUGUUAGGACUAUGUGUGUGCAUUUGGGGUUGA